AACAAGGAACAAAUGUUCGACAUGGAAGCUGAAAGUGAUGAGCAGAAAGAGAUCACUCAAAGGCCAAAAGGGGACAAUAAAAUUCAAUAUUUGCUAACCUGCAUAGGAUUUGCUGUUGGGCUUGGUAAUGUAUGGAGAUUCCCAUAUCUGUGUCAGACCUAUGGUGGAGGGGCAUUUCUGAUUCCUUAUGUCAUUGCCUUGGUGUUUGAGGGACUUCCCCUGCUGCACAUGGAACUGGCCAUUGGACAGCGGCUACGCAUGGGAAGCGUUGGAGUGUGGAGUUCAAUCUCCCCAUAUCAGGGAGGUGUAGGCGUGGCUUCGAUGUUGGUGUCCUUCCUGGUUGGACUGUUUUACAACAUGAUCUUGGCCUGGAUCCUGUGGUACUUCUUCCAUUCCUUUCAGAGUCCACUUCCCUGGAGGGACUGCCCAGUAAACCUGAAUCAUACUGAUAAUAUUGACAGACUGAAUGUGAAAAGAGCUGUAAACUAUUUUUGGUAUCGUGAAACUCUGAACAUGACACCAAACAUUGAGACCAGUGGGUCCUUACAGUGGUGGCUGGUGUUGUGUCUUGCAUCUGCUUGGUGCAUCGUGUACAUCUGCUUCAUACGAGGAAUUGAGACUGUUGGGAAGGCUAUCUAUGCCACAGCCACUUUUCCAUAUCUUGUUUUGACCAUCUUCUUGAUCACAGCCUUGACUCUCCCUGGAGCAAGCGAUGGCUUGAUAUAUCUUUUCACUCUAAAUUGGGAAACCUUGAAAAAUCCUAAGGUUUGGCUGGAUGCUGCCACCCAGAUCUUCUUCUCCUUAUCUUUGGCCUUUGGGGGACUUAUUGCUUUUUCCAGUUAUAAUCCUCAGAAGAAUAACUGUGAGAGAGAUGCCCUUAUUGUUGGAUGUGUGAACAGUUUUACAUCAAUAUAUGCGUCAAUUCCUAUUUUUGUCAUUCUGGGCUUUAAGGCAAAUGAAAACAACAACAACUGCCAAAACUGGAACAUAUUAACCCUGACAAAUGCAUUUAACAUUGGGGUUGGCAACAUAACUCUUGAAAACUAUGGCGAGUGGUUAAACUAUCUCAAUAAGACCGAUCCCUCGGAAGUUGAAAGUCUCAAUCUCAAAGCUUGCAAUCUACAGACUUUCCUCGAAGAGAGCGCCUCAGGAACUGGACUGGCAUUUAUUUUGUUCACUGAGGCAGUGAUUGAAAUGCCGGCCUCGCAGGUGUGGGCGGUCCUCUUUUUUGUCAUGCUCUUCUGUCUCAGCCUGUCCUCCAUGUUUGGAAAUCUAGAGGGCGUCCUUACUCCUCUGCUGGAUUUACAUAUAGUUCCACCCUGGAUUCCUAAGGAAGCUUUCACAGGGUUAAUCUGUCUCAUCUCCUUUGCUGUGGCCCUAAUCUUCACUUUGGGCUCUGGAAACUACUGGCUGGAAAUUUUUAACAGCUAUGUAGGAUCCGUGCCGCUACUCAUCAUAGCUUUCUUUGAGAUCAUCGCUGUGGCUUACGUCUAUGGAAUAAAUAGGUUUAAUGACGACAUUGAAUGGAUGACAGGGCGGAGACCUAACAUUUACUGGCAGGCAACGUGGCGCUUUAUCAGCCCGUUCAUGCUUCUGGUGGUUUUUGUGGCUUAUGUUGUGAUUGAGGCUGAGAAACAACCAACAUACAAUGCAUGGAACCCAGAUUAUGUUCACUACCCCCUUGCUGAUGUCCUGCACUAUCCUGAAUGGGUUUUUGCUAUCUGUGUGCUCUUAUCGAUCCUUCCUGUAGUCGCCAUUCCUCUUGUGGCUUUCUAUAAAUUCAUGUGCUUCCUGAAGAAUUACACCAUGAACAGACACAAUCAAAAUCCAUAUGCAAAUGAGUAUUGUCAUGGGGAAUUGUAA